AUGACGCUGAAUUUUGGAAUUCUGUUUCCAGUGUUGAUGAAUUAUUUUCAAGAAACACGUGAGAGAACAGGCAAGUUAUAAGACUGAAGACCCUUAUACAUGUGUUUCUGCGAAUAUCUAUUGUGUUCGAAAGGAGACUUCCUGUUUAAAUCUGGUGGUUGUCCUGAGUAAAAUUCAAGUGCGAUUACAGUCAAACCAAAUCAAGCGUUCCCGUCGCUAACAAACUAAUGAAUUCAUUAAUGGAAAAAUGAUUUCGUUUGUUGAUUCAAUAAUCCAUUCAUAAAAUGAAUAAUCCAACGGUGACAAAUUGUACCUCGAUUCAAUAAUCAAAUUAUGAUUUGGUUUAUGAACAAAAUCUACCUGUUCUUUAUUCUUGUCUGUUUUGUUCAAUCGUAUUUGCUUCCCUUUUCCUGCCGUUUACGAUUGCGUUUUUCAUUGCCUUUAAUCAAAAUAACAGCUAGAAUAGACAGACCGCAAACGCAAAGAAACUGACAAAGGCCGAGGAUCGAAAUCCACCAAUCACCGCACAUACACUGACCUCAGUUUGACCGUCGUGUUUUCUAAGAGGUCAGGCCUAGGUCUGUUGCACUGAUUAUUGGCAGCAAACUGGCGUACAUGUAACAGUUUGUUUGGGUUUGAACUUCAGAAGUCACCAGCACUCGACUCUCAGAAAACAAAGAGGAAAAAACAAAAUUCUGAGGUCAACUUGUGGAAAGUGUAAUUUUUCAAAAAACAGUAAUCGAAUCAACAUUCGAUUAUGGAAUCGAGGCUAAAUAUGACUAUUGGUUGUUCAUUUUAUGAAUGGAUUAUUGAAUCAACAAACGAAAUCAUGUUUCCGUGAAUGAAUUCAUUAGUUCGUUAGCGACGGGAACGCUUGACCUGGUUUGACUGUAAGUGACCUCUGUAACUACAUUAAACCCCCGGUAAAUCGAACUCUGAAGGGAAACGACAAAUAGUUUGACUUAGCGGGUAAUUCGAGAGUAUCGGAGUAAAUUUCAGUGAAAUUUUGAUCAAGGGAAAGGAAAUUUAGUUUGAGUUAGCGGGGAAUUCAAGUUCGAGUUAUGGAGGUUCUACUGUAUUCCCGGGGUAUCCAAUCGAUGAAAUCGAUAACCGAUGACAAUUGGUAUCAAUCAAUACCAAUUGAUAUUGAUAAUCGAUGAUCAAUCAUUGGCGAAGAUUCAUGUGGUUAUCAGUUGGUAUCAAUUUUCAAUAACAAUCGAUAGAUAAAUAACUGAUAUCGAUUGGUAUCAAUUGGUUGCAGAUUGACAGAAUUGGCACAUAAACAUCACAUAUGCAGCAGUUGUAAACACAUUUCUCUUUAAUGCUUUUAACGUUAGUAAGAGAACAAUACUCUCUUCUUUCUCUUCAACGCCCUGUCCACAGUAUCCUUUUUGCAUUGACAACUCAAUAGUUUGUUCCCGUUCUUGCCUCCUGUCCACUCGAAUCCCAUGAAAACAGCAUUAACCAAAACCAGAAACGUCUGAAGUUUGAAAACGCUAUCUAAAGUGGAAAACUAUUUAACACGUGCUGACAUGGACCAAUACUACAGACUUAAAAAAAUGGAAAGUGGUUGCAUCGUGCCUUCACAGAAAAAUUGUGGUAAAAGAAGUUGUAUUUUGGCAAACAAUGAAAUUGACGACAACAGCAGCAUUUCUAUGUUGUAAGGGUCUAAGCCUGACUUGCCUCCCGUACUUUGCAUUCCUUGUACUUUUCCUCCUCUAACCCCUUUCUUUGAUUGCAAAAUAUGAAGCAUUGUUGCAUAAUUUCCCUCUAUUUUUCCCGCUUCCCACCAUGUUACAACUCCCACCUCCUGCUGUUUCCUCUCCUGUGCCACUCCCGCCCCUAUUCUUCUAAACUCCCACCCCCUGUCCUCCCCCACUAAUAUGGACACUUCCAUAAGGACAGACACUUGUCUUGUUGUUAGUCCCAACAGUUUCUGUGUUAAAGAGACAUUAAUACUGUUCUUUGCUGGUCACAGAGAUUUAAAAAUUGCUUUUCUUUCACAGCCUGGGUUGGCUCUGUUGGAAUAGCUUGUAUAUUUGCCCUUGGACCUGUCACCAGCAUGUUGGUUAAUCGAUUUGGCUGCCGUCGAACUGCUCUGACAGGAGCAAUAACAUGUGUUGCCAGCUUACUACUGUCAUCUCUUCCUUCAAGUAUUGCUCUUAUGUAUGUGACGUACAGUAUUCCAUUUGGGUUUGGAAGUAGCUGUCUCUUUGUUUCCAGCUAUGUGGUGAUCUCGUUGUACUUUGAUAAGAGGAAAGCCAUAGCAACUGGUAUUGUGGCCUCAGGAACUGGAACAGGAGUGUUAGUUGUUGCACCGCUCCUUCAAGCCUUACUUGAUAAUUAUGAUUGGAGAAAAACAUAUCGGAUCAUGGCAGGAAUCUUUUCAGUUGUUUGUUUAUUGUGUUUGACUUUUGAUCCUGCGGUACUGAAGAGAAAAGGGAAAGAAACAGAACAGGAUGGGGAAGGAGAAACAGAAAAUUUAGCAGUGAAUCAUGCAAAAAAUGAUGGUAAAGAAAAAAUACAGAAAAAAUUGCUGAAUUUCUCUAUAUUUAAGGAAAAGACAUUUGUUGUAUUAACACUAGCUUACACAGUAGCAUUUUUGGGACAACAUGCUCCAAGAUUACAUUUGGUAAGUAAAGUCUACUUGCACUCUUAUAACUCUGAGCUUGCAAGUGCCAGGGGUGUAUAGAAAAAAGCUGUUAGUGACUUGUGAUAAACUGCUAGAUUCUCUUUUGAAAUUGCUCUUUUUUCCUUUGGAAACAAAAAGGGAAUUUGACACUAGGGGCAUUUUUCAUUAACCAAAAAAUGUGGAAAUUUUAUUUUGAUGGAUUAUUUGUCUAUCGGGGUAAGAACGUGUUCCAUUUGACACAAGUUCCAUUUAUUCUCUCUUCAAAAUGACAGGACUUGAACAAGGACAGCGGUUAUAAUCCCCAUCAAAGUUAAUGAGGUUCAACUACAAACUCUGACUACGACAGACUUAAAGAAAGAUUUUUUGGUCCUGACAGCACAAUGAUACAAUUAUAAUUGAACAACAAGCUGCAUUUUUGGACACUCAAAAGUAAAAAUCAUUUCUUUUGCAGGGCUGUCAAAAGUAGCCAGCUGAUGACGAAAAUCGCCGGCCUACUUGGUUAGUUUCGGCUGGCUAAUCUGCUUGGCAUUUCUUUACGGAUGACGUUUUGUAAAAAAAAAAUCUCUAGACUGGCUGCUUAUUUUGACAACUCAGCCGUCUACUUCAAAAUUUUCGAAAACCCUGUCUUUUGUUUUCUGUUAAUUUAAGUUUGUUCUUCCACAUCUCUAACGACCAUCUCUUAUGGUGGUAAAGUGGGUGGGGGUGAGUACCUAUCAUGCAUCACUUUUUUAAAGCCAACACAUCAUGGGGAAAACAAUAGCCAUCAUGCAUAACUUACUAGUAAAGAGGCCCUGCCAGGGGGGGUCCUAUGUCGCCCAUCUGAAUUUUAAAAUGUCUCGUGUUGGUGUUUAUAAAUGCUUGUCGCUUAUUGUCGGCUUUGCUGUCACUGUCGUAAUUUGGCUGCGGGGGGUUGUCUCUUGUGGCGAUUUCGUUUUACGUGCUGUCGCUACUUUUUGGGCCUUGUCGCUUGUUGGAAUUUUCCCUGGCAGGGCCUUAGCAAAUGAGGUGCAAUUGCAGAAAGUUAAGAUGCCAAUUGUAAUUGCAUUGUAAUCAGGUCUAAUAAAUAUUGUUUUCAGCAUCCUCUUUUAGUAGGAUGGCCCAUUAACAGUAAAUUGAAAUAACUGUUAAUUGUACAAAAGGGUUCUGUGAAAUCUGGUGUUGUUCAAACAUUAACUACCGGUAGAUUGACCAGUAUUCAGACUGGAGGAAUGAGAAAAUGGACCAGAAAAUGAUGUCAUUACUAUCGCUUUUUUUUUUGGCCGUGCUUCUAGUUUCAAGUGAUAUUUACCAAUCACGGAAAUCCAAAAUGAAAAUCACGUGUCACAGGUUAUGAAAAUAGUAAAUCACACCUCAUACGGCUAAUUUGGGCCUGAUCAUGCAUCUCACUGAUAAUUUGGGACCCAUCGCAUGUCAUAGAAAACCCCUUUGCCACCCUGAUCUCUACCACUGCCAUUUACUAGUUCAUCCAGUCCAUCCAAAUAUUUUCUGCAAUGACUAAAGUUGACUGUAAAGGGUUUGUGUGAAACAGAGUCCCCGCAUUAAUGUGUCUAGAAAUUGUAGAGAGUAGUGACAAUAGUUAUACAACUGAUGACAUUUUCCAAUGAUAAUUUUGCAGGUGAAAUUUGCUGAAGAUCUAGGGAUAUCAGCUGACUCUGCAUCAAGGCUUUUUAUUUAUAUUGGCAUUACAACAUUCAUCAGUCGUCUGCUCAGUGGAAUUCUUUGCAACAUGCGUUGUGUAAACUCAUUUUAUGUGUUCAUGUUUGGUUUCAUUCUAGAUGGCUCAUCGGUUAUCUUUCUCUCCCAAGCUAAGAACUAUGGACAUCUCAUCGUAUUCUCCUUUCUUUAUGGUCUGGCAGAUGGUUUUAUCAUAGGUACCUUUAAUAUUUUAAUACUCUACUGCGUGGAGCCAAGCAAGAGGGCAUCAGCAUUUGGUGUAAGCGCAUUGUUUUAUGGAAUUACUACAGCAACUGGCCCUCCAUUGGCAGGUACUUAGAACAAAAUAAUGCUUCUGAUUGGAUAGUCUGCAAAAGAGCUUUAUUGUUAGGAACAGCUUUAUUGUUAGGUUGGUCGACAUGGGUGGUGGAUUAGGGCUGGGCCACCCUGCCCCCUUUUUCUGUGAAUGGCAACACAUGUGUUCUCCCCUUUUCUGAAUUUUCUUGUCCACCCCUGGUAUGGCCUGCGCCACAGACGACAAUAAACUUUGGUUAAGUCAGUCUGUGAAACAGCGCUGAAAUCCUUGUUCUGGGCCCUCAGCUGCAUACCAGGAUUUGAGUACGCGUCAUGAUUGGCCUUUUAAAUAAGCCAUUGUUGAUUUGCCAAUCAAGAUGAAAGGAAAAAUUCGAAACACAUUUCCGGUAAUUCUUUGAGUCCGUUGGGGGCUCAGAACAAUGAUACCGGUGCUGCGUAAGGUCGCAGACGUUACUAACCGGGGUGAAAUUACAUCUGCGAUGCAGGCUACCUUUGGCAGGGCACGGGGGUAGUAUGCUCUGAAUAGACCGUUUUUUAAUUAAAGAAAGAGACUGUUUUACAGUCUUUCUGAAUCAAAUUUAGCCGUUAAUGACACCACGGCUUGACUGGUAGAAGCCCAUAACAUCACGACUUACUGAUUGACUAAUCAUGUCAAUAGCAAGAGUUCAAUAUCAUCAACUGGCGAUACAUGCUUUGAGCUGUUGACGACUUGCCCCGAUACAUGUUCUUUGUAUCUGAAACUACUAGCGACACCGUGGAGCAUUUGCAGCUUUCUUGAGACAAAGUAACAAUUGCCCGGGGGAUUGAACACGCUUUGGAUCGACUGAGCCAUAUUAAAACUAUUUUGACAAUCUCUUUUGUACUUUGUAGGUUUUAUGGCGGAUCGUCUGAACACUUACGUACCAUCUUUUAUCUUGUGUGCGGUUGUAGAAUUUCUUGCUGCGGCCUUGCUUUUUGUUAUUAUUUGUGCUAAAGAAACAUCAAGAAGUCGCUGGCCUAUAGAUUGUAAUCAAGGUGACAGCCAACUGUGUGAAGUAGAGGAGAACAAUGAGGGUGUUACUAAUGGACAACAGAGUAAAAUUGGGUUUCCUGGCGAGACCGCAGAAAAGGAGUGAUUAAUGCUGCCCUCAAGAAUCAGUUUUGGAAUCACUUUUGUCAGCGGUAUCUUUCAAGAGGAUCAACGUCAUUCUGAUUUAUCCAUUUAUAUGUCUACAGUCAUGAAAUCUGCGAAAACGGAACACAUCCGAGCAAGCUCAAGGAUAGCGCGUCAGUCAAAGGCUGUGGACUGUUGCGAAACGUGAUUCUG